AUGUGGAAAGGUGUUUUGGAAUAUUUAGUUGCGAUAAAACUAACCCUGGUAAUUAUCGGGUUUCUCACGUUUUGUUUUAUUCAAUUUGCUUAUAAUAAAAUUUGGUCAUGUUUUAUCUUCAUAAUAGUGCUAUUAGUAAUAGAGCAUCAAAUCGAAGUCUUUGCCUUACAUACGUAUUUAGAAAUAAUGUCGGAAAGGCUACAUAUCAUAAACAAAUAUUUAGAAAAAACAAAUCAAACGUAUAGGUGUGAAGAAACGCUUGCAAUCAGAAGUCAAACUAAGGUUUUAGUUAAUGAAGUUGUUAUAAAUUAUAAGUUACCGAGUAUAAAGCGAAUUCAAGCAAAGACUUUUAUAAAAGCGAUAGAUGUUUGGCCGUUAAACAUGACUGCUUACGACAUGUGCGAAAUUAACAUCAAAUUGUUUCUUAAUUUUGUAAGUGUGACUGCCACAUAUUCUAUCCUGAUUCUACAAAUAUUGCACGUGUAA